AUGAAGUUGUCGGGUCUUGUAGUGUUUGUGGGCUUGUUUGUGGCCACCACAUUGGCGGCCGGAGAACCUGGUAUGGUCCGUUAUGACGAUUUCAAAGUCUAUAAAAUCUACAUAAAAAAUGAACAACAAUUAAAUGAGUUGAAAAAAUUGCGAGAUAUUUUACCGGUUCGAUAUUUGAAUGAAAUCACUGCGGCGGAGAAUAGCUACGACGUGACCAUUGAUCCACACAAUCAAGCGAAAUUUGAGGAACAAUUGAAAUAUUAUGAAAUGGAAUAUCGUGUAACCAUUGAGGAUUUGCAAAGAGUAAUAGAGGACAGUCUUCCCAGGGCGCGUAGCACUGGCAUGAGUUGGGAUAAAUUUCACAAUUUGGAGGAUAUUUAUAAUUUUGUCGACAACCUAACUGUCUCAUUUCCGGAUUUAAUUACACCCUACACCUUUGGCUAUUCUUAUGAAGGAAGACCAAUGAAGGCGGUGAAAAUUUCCUAUAAACCAAAUAACAAAGCUAUCUUCAUUGAAAGUCAAAUGCAUGCCAUCGAAUGGAUUUCUUCAGCGACCAGUACCUGCUUCUUCAAUAAGCUAUUGAAUUCCAACGAUGAAAAUCUACGCAAAUUACUAAUGAAUUACGAUUGGAUAUAUGUACCCGUGGUGAAUCCUGAUGGUUUUGUGUACACCCACACGGUAGAACGUCUGUGGCGUAAAAAUCGCAAGCCCACUGGUUUCUCCAACUCAUCGGGUAUAUGUUAUGGUACCGACUUGAAUCGUAAUUUUGGCUACGAAUGGGGUGCAUUGUCGGCAUGGAAUUUCAAUGAGCCCUGUGAUCAUUGGUAUGGUGGCUCCCAACCGGACUCGGAACCAGAAGUUAUUAAUAUGCAGAAAUUUAUUAAUUCCUUCCCCGAUGAUUACAUUAAAAUGUAUGUACCCUUCCAUUCGUAUGGUAAUUUGGUUUUACUCCCCUAUGGCCAUACAAGUGAUAUCUUUCCACCCAACUAUGAUCAGAUGAUGCGAAUUGCUAAGGCUUUUGCGGAUGCGGCUAAAGUGAAAUAUGGCACCGUAUUCAAAUAUGGUUCGACGGGAACAAUUAAUAUAUCUGGUUAUGUGUCUGGAGCAUCCAAAGAUUGGGCAUAUGGUGUCAAGAAAAUCCCCUAUACUGGUACCAUUGAAUUGCGCGAUUAUGGUGAAUAUGGAUUCUUCCUGCCGCCCAAUCAAAUCAAAGAAGUGUGCGAGGAGGUUACAGAUGGUCUUAUUGCAAUGGUUGCAGCCGCUGAAAAAGAAGAGCUAUUUAGGAAUUCUGGUCCAAAGAAUAUUGUUUCCAUUGUCAAUCAUCUGAAUCACUGGAAAAUACGUGACAGUUCUGUGGAACGUUUGCAAUAUAUCCGUUAG